AUGGAACCGGUAUAUGAUGGCACAGUACAUGUUUUUCAAGGUCGAUUUUUUUCAAAGUGGAAACGAUUCAAAGGUGCAGUAUUUGAAGAAAAUAUGACGGGUCGAGCACGUCUUGAAAUUUAUACCUCAGGUUCACAACUUGCCGCUCUAACACCUUCAAAAAGUAUACUUCUAGGCGAAUGUGUUGCUAUUCGAAUUGUUCAUUUCCGGAAUAUUAUUAGUAAUGAUAACCGAAUCAUUCAAAUUCAGCCACGAAAUGCUCCAGUAUUGCUAAUUGCUGUGGAAAAUGUGGAAGAAUGGCAUUAUGUUUUAUGUAAAAUUGCAUUUCCGGACCAGUUUGCUUCAAUUGGUACCCAUCCGUCUUCUUCAUUAUCCACAAAUUCCAACGAUGAAUAUGAUGUUCCAUGGGACUUAAGUCGUAUACCGGUAUUGUUAGAAAGUAACAAAAAUAUACAUCGUAUGAAAAUUCCGGAAGGAAAUUAUGAGAUUAGUUUUGGUGAUUCUAUUUUUCUAAAAAAUGGAUUCAGUUGCAUUGAAGCAUGGUCAUAUCCACAAAUUACUUGGUUUGGUACCGGUGAAAAUUGUUUUGCUUUUGAAGUUGACUAUGAUCAACCAUAUGAAUUUAAAUGUGGACGACCGGAAAAUGUUUUGGAAGUGUUACAACAGCAUAUAAAACUGAAAUCUGAUACAGCGCUUCCUACAAACACCUGUAAUG